AUGCCGUCACAAUGUUCAGUCUUCCGAAUUGUAACACACUAUAAUAAUCUGUCAUUAAAUAGUGCAAAUGAUGUUAUUAUUUCUUGUAACGAUCAAUCAAUGUGUUUUACUGAUUCACAAUAUGGUUUUAUGCAAAUAUUUCAUUAUUGUCAACCUCAAUUGGAUAAUAAUGUUUAUGGAUCUGAUAUAAAUGAAGAUUUUCAAAUAUUAGUUAAUAAUCUUGUUAAACCAGAUGGUAUUGGAGUUAAUCCAGAAGAAACAAUUUUAUAUGUUAUAGAUAACGGUUGUGCUGUUGCAAACGGGUCGAUUAAUUCACAUGUACCACGUGUUAUUUAUUCUCAUCAAAUAUAUCGUCAACCAUAUAAACAUAUUCAUUUUUAUAAUAAGCGUUUAUUAACACCUGUACAAUCGAGAAUACCGGAUGAAAUUAAAGUUGAUUAG